AUGGAGGUACACGGUGAGCUUAGCGCCAGUCCCAGCUCUAGCUGUUCGUCGUCCACCCGGAACUGCUCAGGGGCCUCCGUGUCCAGCGAGCUGCUGACAGCGGGGAGCGGUGGCCGAGGAGGUAUAUGGGACCGGUUACUCAUCAACUCCAAGCCUAACUCCAGAAAGACCUCCACUCUUCCGACAGUUCAGAUAGAAAGGAGCCCGUUGUUAGACCAAGUUCAGAACUUUCUCCCCCAGAUGGCCCAGGCAAAUGAAAAACUACAGAAAGAAAUGGCUGCUGCUCCACCUGGUCGGUUCAAUAUCGAGAGUCUCGAUGGGACUCUCGGGAAAGUGAUACAGAUGGAUGUGGCCUUAUUUGAGAUGGAUCACUCAGAUUCAAAAGAA